AUGUACACUACUCUUCCAGCGUCGGCGCCUGCCACGCGACUACAGCGCAGAGGACUUGGCGUGCGGACGAUGGCUGCUGGCUGGGUGCUAAUGCUGAUGAUAGCGGCGCUGGUGGGCGCCACCGCCGCCGCCGCCGCCGCCGAAGACGACGACGAACCGCCCCCACCCACGUCAUCGCCCUCGCCCUCGCCCUCGCCCUCGCCCUCGCCCUCGCCCCCGCCCGCCCCCGCGAGCGAGCGGGCGCCGCGGCCCGCGCUGGGCUACAGCUCUUGCACGUGCCAGGAGGUGACGGCGGGCGGCGGCGCGGGCGGUGAGGGCGGCGCGGGCGGCGAGGGCGGCGAGGGCGGAGAGGGCGGCGAGGGCGGCGAGGGCGGCGAGGGCGGCGAGGGCGGCGAGGGCGGCGAAGGCGUCGACGGGGUCGAGGGCGCCGAGGUGACUUGCAACUGCAGCAGCGCGGGCUCCGUCGUGGUGCAGAAAGACGUGCAGAGCCUCUUCCUGUCCGAGGCGGCCGACCUGCGCGUCGUGGAAGAGGACGUUCUGCGCGGCCUGCACCACCUGCGCACCUUUGACAUCACCGAGGCUCCGCUGUUGUCUUCGCUGCCUGACAGCCUAUUGGAAGGGGUUUCACGCAACUUCAGGACACUACGAGUGGUCCGGACUGGUUUACUGGAAGUUCCACGUCUGCAGUGGACUGAAGGAGAACCCUUGCACAUGCUAGAUUUAGAGAGCAACCGGAUCCGCGAAUUGCAUUCAAACAACUUGCAAGUGAAAGCUGAGCUUGUGAUCCUCAGCUACAACGCGAUCGAACAAGUGGAGAGCUGGGCCUUCAACGGAUCGCUCAUCGCCAAACUGAGCCUGCGCGGCAACCGGGGCCUGCGGAGCCUGGCGGCCGACGCCUUCGCCGGCCUGAGCGGCCUCCACGACCUGGACCUGUCGGAGACGGCGAUUGCGGCGCUGCCCACGCGCGGCCUGCAGAGCCUGGAGGUGCUGCGGGUGCAGGGCACCGCCUCGCUCACCGUCAUCCCGUCCAUCUACAACUUCCAGGUGCAUUUUACAUUCUCUUACCCCCUCCCCCCCAAUUACUUUUAUUCUCAUUUUCUGCUCAGGCUCCAGCUGUCCGUGUACACGCUGGCCGUGCUGACGCUGGAGCGCUGGGUGGCCAUCACGUACGCGCUCUACCUCAACAAGCGGCUCAAGCUGCGCGCCGCCGUCUACAUCAUGGCCGCGGGCUGGGCCUACGCGCUCGGCAUGGCCGCGCUGCCGCUGCUGGGCGUCAGCAGCUACGCCACCACCAGGCGUAUAAGAAUCCGUUGGAAGUCCAGCCAGUGCCUUUUAUCCCCUUUGGCCUCUAGCGUCUCACGUCAGUUAGAUCGCCCUGGUGGUUUGCCCAGACCGUCCUCUUCUUGCCAUGUGUAUGUGUGUGCUUUGGUGUGCGCUGGCAUCUGUCUGUGCCGAUGGAGGCGUCCGUUGUUCCGAGUUCCAGGUCAGUUGCCUUUUAUCCCUUUGGCCAGGGUCUCGACGUCGGCGUUAGAUCGGCCCGGGCGUGCCCAGGACCGUCCUAUGCGUGUACAUUGGUGUGCGCAGCAUCUGCCUGCCGAUGGAGGCGUCCGAUUGAGUCAGUCAGCGGCCUUUUAUCCCCUUGGCCAGGGUCCGACGUCGUUAGGGUCGCCCCGGGGUUCCCCAGACCGUCCUCUUCUUGACAUGUAUAUGUGUGCCAUUGGUGUGGCGCCGCAGCAUCUGCCUUAG